GAUUUAUGGCACUGGUACUUUGUCAUCGCUGUUACAGUUUCUUCCAGCAAGUCUACCAGUCAUGAAAGGAAAUCGACUCUGACCCCAACCCAAAGGGAAAGUAUACCAGCCAAGUCUCCAGUGCCUGGUGUGGAUCCUGUCGUGAGUCACAGCCCAUUUGAUCCCCAUCAUAGGAGUAGCGCUGCAGGAGAUGUUUAUCGAAGCCACCUUCCCACACACUUGGAUCCAGCCAUGCCCUUUCACAGGGCUUUGGAUCCUGCAGCUGCUGCUUACCUGUUUCAGAGACAGCUUUCACCAACCCCAGGAUACCCAAGUCAGUACCAGCUUUAUGCAAUGGAGAAUACAAGACAGACAAUCCUAAAUGAUUACAUUACCUCACAGCAGAUGCAAGUGAAUUUGCGCCCUGAUGUCGCCAGGGGACUCUCCCCACGAGAGCAGCCACUGGGUCUCCCUUAUCCAGCUACAAGAGGAAUCAUUGACCUGACCAAUAUGCCUCCAACAAUUUUAGUGCCUCAUGCAGGGGGAACGAGCACUCCCCCAAUGGACAGAAUCACUUAUAUUCCUGGUACACAGAUUACUUUUCCUCCCAGGCCAUACAACGCUGCUUCUUUGUCUCCAGGUCACCCAACACAUCUUGCAGCAGCUGCAAGUGCUGAGAGGGAACGAGAACGAGAAAGGGAGAAGGAACGAGAGCGAGAACGUGAACGUGAACGCGAACGCGAAAGAAUCAGUGCUUCCUCUGACCUCUACUUACGAGCAGGCUCAGAACAGUCAGGCCGCCCUGGUAGCCACGGAUAUGUUCGCUCACCUUCCCCUUCAAUAAGAACUCAGGAGACCAUGUUGCAACAGAGACCCAGUGUUUUCCAGGGAACCAAUGGAACAAGUGUAAUCACACCUUUGGAUCCAACUGCUCAGCUACGAAUCAUGCCACUGCCUGCUGGAGGGCCUUCAAUAAGCCAAGGCCUGCCAGCUUCCCGUUACAACACUGCUGCGGAUGCCCUGGCUGCUCUCGUGGACGCUGCAGCUUCUGCACCCCAGAUGGAUGUUUCCAAAACAAAAGAGAGUAAGCAUGAAGCUGCCAGGUUAGAAGAAAAUUUGAGAAGCAGGUCAGCAACAGUUAGUGAACAGCAGCAGCUAGAGCAGAAAAACCUGGAGGUGGAGAAGAGAUCUGUUCAGUGUGUGUGCACUUCUUCAGCCCUUCCAAGUGGCAAGCCCCAGCCUCAUGCCUCAGUAGUGUAUUCUGAGGCUGGGAAAGAUAAAGGGCCUCCUCCAAAAUCCAGAUAUGAGGAAGAGCUAAGGACCCGAGGGAAGACUACCAUUACUGCAGCUAACUUCAUAGACGUGAUCAUCACCCGGCAAAUUGCCUCGGACAAGGAUGCGAGGGAACGUGGCUCUCAAAGCUCAGACUCUUCUAGUAGCUUGUCUUCUCACAGGUAUGAAGCACCUAGUGAUGCUAUUGAGGUGAUAAGUCCUGCCAGCUCACCUGUACCACCCCAGGAAAAACCACAGGCCUAUCAGCCAGAGAUGGUUAAGGCAAAUCAAGCAGAAAAUGAGCCCACUCGACAGUAUGAAGGACCACUGCAUCACUAUCGGUCCCAGCAGGACUCACCAUCUCCACAGCAGCAGCCACCACUGCCCCCAUCUUCGCAGGCAGAGGGAAUGGGGCAGGUGCCUAGGACCCAUCGACUGAUCACCCUUGCUGACCACAUCUGUCAAAUUAUCACACAAGAUUUUGCUAGAAAUCAAGUUUCCUCGCAGCCUCCUACUUCUACAUUCCAAACUUCACCAUCUGCUUUGGCAUCCACACCUGUAAGAACUAAAACAUCAAGUCGUUACAGCCCAGAAUCCCAGUCUCAGAGCGUUCUACAUCCAAGACCAGGUUCUAGAGUCUCUCCAGAGAAUCUUGUGGAUAAAUCCCGGGGAAGCAGGCCUGGGAAGUCUCCAGAGAGGAGUCACAUCCCAUCAGAGCCCUAUGAGCCCAUCUCCCCACCCCAAGGUCCUGCUGUGCAUGAGAAGCAGGACAGCAUGCUGCUCCUGUCACAAAGGGGAGUGGAGCCUGCAGAGCAAAGGAAUGAUUCUCGAUCACCAGGAAGUAUAAGCUACUUGCCUUCAUUCUUCACCAAGCUUGAAAGCACAUCACCCAUGGUUAAAUCAAAGAAGCAGGAAAUUUUUCGUAAGUUGAACUCCUCUGGUGGAGGUGACUCUGAUAUGG